AUGUCGGCAGCCACCCCGCAUGCCGCCCGCCUCGGCGCCGCAGCCACUGCUCGCCAUUUCAAGACUCCACCGGCCGUGCCGGCGCUUGGGCGCGUCACCCGCCAGCCGCCGUAUCGUCAGCAGCAGCGUCACGCGGCCCCCAUGAGAACGCCCCUGGCUUGCCGGCAAGCUGCCAGUUUCUCCUCGUCCGCCGCCCGCCCGGCUAGGAAUCAAGUUCUCGACCCAAUCCGCAACCCGGACUCCUUCUACACACACCUGUCGUUGUCGUCCUCGGCGCGCGCCCCCCUCCUCACCUUCUGGACCGCCUCGUGGUGCCCGACGUGCCGCACCGUCCUCCCGCUGCUCACCUCCCUCGUUGAGUCCGGGGUGGGUGAGCCCGAGGGUGGCGUCUUCCUGGCUCCCGUCGAGUUUGACAGCCCGGACAUCAUGGCCGUCUCCGGCGCCGACAACCUCGCCAUGACAUACAUGAUCACCUCGGUCCCCACCCUGCUCAGCUUCGACGCCGGCGAGCCCCAAACGGCCACGCGCGUCACUGACGGCCGCAAGCUCGCUGACCGCCAGUUCCUCGAGGAAUGGAUCCGCAACGAGGCCCGCCGCCAUGGCGGCCGGGGAGGGGGCGGCGGGGGCGGCGUGGGUGCAGCAUUUGGUGGUUUGUUCGGCAAGCGAUAG